AUGUAUUUAUUCACUGUCAGUUUUAUCAUCGCUUUGCUCUGUACCAAAUGCAGUGGUCAGAAUGGCAGGAGCUGUGGUGUUUUCCCCAAAGAUCAGCACAUUGAGGAGGGAUCUAGCACUGAGAUAACCUGUCGGAGCAGCUGCGUCUCUGGAACAGUUUUCUGGACCCUUAAUAACAGACGCAUGAAUGACAGUCUAUCCCGCAGGAUCAACUCCACACACACAGUCCUCCUGCUGCCCCAUUCAGAGCUCCAGGACCCCUCCCACUCUUCACCUACGGUCCAGUGCCACAGUGAAGAGAACCAGCAGAUCCUAGGAGGGACCACCAUCAAAAUAUACACUAAACCUCAAAACUUGUCUUGCCUUUUCCAUUCAAAUUGGGAAAUGAAAGAGAACUUACCAAGGCUGUUCACAUGCAACUGGGAUCAUCAUAUUUAUAACCCACUGAAAGCGAUCACCUACUAUGUAAUAUGUGUGCGUUGUAAUAGUGUCUUAAAGGAAAUUUGCGUCUCUAAUGUGACAACCUGCACUAGAAACUCACUGCAUGUACCACAGAUAUCAUUUGUACAAAGUAACACCAUUUACGUAAAGGCCAAAACAGACGACUGGGAAGCUCGGUCCAACUUAUAUACCUUUACAGCGUCACAAAUAUUCAAAAUUCCUCCUCGUAAUGUCAGUCUCACUGCACGUUUGGAUCAUAUAUUGGUGGAGUGGAACAGACUGCCUUACUUAGGGGUCAAUGGUAAAUGUCAAGUCAGAUACAAGUACGCAAAGAAUGAAGAAGUGAUCCAGGAGGUGUUGAAUAUGACUUUGACUCCUGAUGAAAAAGGAACGCUGGCUAUCGAUGAAGUGGAGUCCUGUCGUAUUUACAAUGUUUCUGUUCGCUGUGCUUUGACCCAGGCUCCAUGGAGCUACUGGAGCCCGGAGAGGCCAAUCCUAACACAACUCAAAAAGAGCGACGUCAAGCUGGAUGUGUGGAGAAAAGUGUCAAGCCUGCGUGAAGGAAAACAUGUUCAUAUCAUGUGGAAGGGAAUACCUUCAAAUUGUCCUGGCACUUUGAGUUACAGCGUCAGCCAUGCUCCCUACUAUGAGCUCACUUCCAAAACAAAUUACACCAGGACUUUAUGCGCAAAUAGCUCAUGUGAUAUUACCGUCAACCAAGGAGGUUACAGAAUGAAUCUUACAGUUUUCUAUAAUGGAGACUUUCUGGCAGAUGAGGUGUUCUAUCUCACAUCAUCUGUUGAAAAUGAGUCAGAGAAGCUCUUCCGUGUUAACAAUAUUGAAACCAAACAUGAGGAAAAUGGUCUUGUGGUUGCCUGGACAGCUCCCUCUCAGUCGGCCAGUGGUUAUGUUAUUGACUGGACUUACAAUGGAAAUGACUUUGACUGGAAGAGGACUACAUCCACCCAUACAACAUUACAUGGCCUUGUAGAUAAGAAGCCGUACAACAUUACAGUGACUCCGCUGUUUGGCAAUAAGACAGGACCCUCCACACAGACCUUUGGAGUUUGUUCAAGUUUUACAAAUCCUGGAAAUGUGACUAUUGUAAAUCUGGAGGCAUAUGACAAAAGGGCUCAUAUAAGCUGGAGAGUGAAGUCACAGGAAAAAUGCAAUGAUGCUGUGGUGAAUUACACCAUCUUCUAUGGGACACUGAAUGGACCACAAUUGAAUGUUACUGUAAAAAACACAGUGCAAGAUUUAAAUUUGAAGGACCUGAAUCCAAACACACAAUACAGUGCUCACGUUGUGGCCACAGCCUGUAGUGGGAAAUCUAGAAGCAAUGAACGACUUUUUAAGACAAAAAUAUUUGACACUCAACUAAUCACAGUUGUAAGCAUCACCGGGAUCAUACUAGUCGUACUAUUUAUUGGAUUAUUCCGUGCUGUUCAGAAAUUCAUUGAGAGGCCUGUUCCAGACCCUAGCCUCAGCUCUUUGGCUCUGUGGGCACAAAGCACACAUCAGAAGACAAUCAUACCCUUUGAACCUUUCAACACUCCAACAAAAAGCCUCUGUGACCGUGUCUACAUGGAAGAAAUGCAACAAACUUCAACAACAGCUCCCUGUAAGUCUCCAGUUAUGAUUGAACAAAAAGAGCGAACUACAACAUCUCUUCAGAACUAUGAGAGGCCAUUUUUAUCUUCAAGAACUCCACAACAGUGCAUCAGCAGAGAUUCAGUGUCUCUUCUGACUGCAGAGAACAGCCAGUUCAACCCAUACAGAAGUCAGACUGCAGACAACAGCCCUGCGCCACACACCAGUAAAAAAGUCAAAUGGCUUGCUCUGAGGCAGCAAGAAAAGACACCUUCUUAUGUGUCAUUGGACAUUUUUGAUCGAGACCAAUGAAAGUGG